AUGGCGGAGCUGAGUGAGGAGGCGCUGCUAUCUGUAUUACCGACUAUCCGGGUCCCCAAGGCCGGAGAUCGGGUUCACAAAGACGAGUGCGCCUUCUCCUUCGACACACCGGAGUCCGAGGGUGGUCUCUACAUUUGCAUGAAUACCUUCCUGGGCUUUGGGAAACAGUAUGUUGAGAAGCACUACUGCAGGACUGGCCAGCGGGUCUACCUUCACCUCCAAAGGACCCGCCGUCCGAAAGAAGAUGAUAGCACUUCAGGUACUGGAGAUCCUCCCAGGAAGAAGCCUACUCGCUUAGCUAUUGGUGUGGAAGGUGGCUUUGACAUCACAGAGAAAUAUGAAUACGAUGAGGAUGUGAAGAUUGUCAUUUUACCCGACUACCUGGAGAUUGCCCGAGAUGGGCUGGGAGGGCUGCCUGAAAUGGUCAGAGAUCGGAUCACCAGUGCAGUGGAGGCCCUGCUGGCAGCAGACUCGGCCUCACGGAAACAGGAGGUGCAGGCUUGGGAUGGGGAGGUGCGGCAAGUCUCCAAGCACGCCUUCAAUCUCAAGCAGCUGGAGAAUCCUGCCCGAAUCCCUCCCUGUGGCUGGAAAUGUUCCAAGUGUGAUAUGCGGGAAAACCUGUGGCUCAACAUGACGGAUGGUUCCAUACUCUGUGGUCGUCGAUACUUUGAUGGCAGUGGGGGCAAUAACCACGCAGUGGAACAUUACAAAGAAACUGGCUACCCUUUGGCAGUCAAGCUAGGCACCAUCACACCUGAUGGUGCAGAUGUUUACUCAUAUGAUGAAGAUGAUAUGGUUCUGGAUCCCAACCUGGCAGAGCACCUAGCCCAUUUUGGUAUUGACAUGCUGAAGAUGCAGAAGACAGACAAAACAAUGACGGAGCUGGAGAUAGAUAUGAACCAGCGGAUUGGUGAAUGGGAGCUGAUCCAGGAGUCCAGCGUGCAGCUCAAACCCCUCUAUGGUCCCAGUUACACUGGCAUCCGAAACUUAGGCAAUAGUUGUUACCUCAACUCCGUGGUUCAAGUGCUCUUCAGCAUCCCUGACUUCCAGAGGAAGUACGUGGACAAGUUGGAAAAGAUCUUCCAGAAUGCACCGUCGGACCCUACCCAGGACUUCAGCACCCAGGUAGCCAAGUUGGGUCACGGCCUUCUCUCGGGAGAGUAUUCCAAGCCAGCACCAGAAUCUGGAGAUGGGGAACAAGUGCCAGAGCAAAAGGGAAUUCAGGAUGGCAUUGCUCCUCGAAUGUUCAAGUCCCUCAUUGGCAAAGGCCACCCAGAGUUCUCUACCAACCGGCAGCAGGAUGCCCAGGAGUUCUUCCUUCAUUUUAUAAAUAUGGUUGAGAGGAACUGCCGAAGCUCAGAAAACCCAAAUGAGGUAUUCCGAUUCCUGGUGGAAGAGAAGAUCAAGUGCCUGGCCACAGAGAAGGUCAAGUACACGCAGCGAGUGGACUAUAUUAUGCAGCUGCCUGUACCCAUGGAUGCAGCCCUUAACAAAGAGGAGCUUUUGGAGUAUGAGGAGAGGAAACGCCAAGCAGAAGAGGAGAAGCAGCCUCUGCCAGAGCUGGUUCGGGCCCAGGUGCCUUUUAGUUCCUGCCUGGAGGCCUUUGGAGCUCCUGAGCAGGUGGAUGACUUCUGGAGCACAGCCCUGCAGGCUAAAUCUGUGGCUGUCAAGACAACACGAUUCGCCUCGUUCCCUGACUACCUGGUCAUCCAGAUCAAGAAGUUUACGUUUGGCUUGGACUGGGUGCCCAAAAAGCUAGAUGUAUCUAUCGAGAUGCCUGAGGAGCUGGAUAUCUCACAGCUUCGGGGGGCAGGGCUGCAGCCUGGAGAGGAGGAGCUCCCUGACAUUGCUCCACCCCUGGUCACCCCAGAUGAACCCAAAGGUAGCCUUGGUUUCUAUGGAAACGAAGAUGAAGACUCCUUCUGCUCCCCUCACUUCUCCUCUCCGACAUCACCCAUGUUGGAUGAAUCUGUCAUCAUUCAGCUGGUGGAGAUGGGCUUCCCCAUGGAUGCCUGCCGCAAAGCUGUCUACUACACUGGCAACAGUGGGGCUGAAGCUGCUAUGAACUGGGUCAUGUCUCAUAUGGAUGAUCCAGACUUUGCAAACCCACUUGUCCUGCCUGGCUCCAGUGGUCCUGGCUCCACCAGCACCGUGGCUGACCCCCCAUCAGAAGACUGCGUGGCUACUAUUGUCUCCAUGGGCUUCUCCCGGGACCAGGCCAUGAAAGCACUUCGGGCUACGAACAACAAUCUUGAACGGGCCGUGGAUUGGAUUUUUAGCCACAUCGAUGACCUGGACGCAGAGGCUGCUAUGGACAUUUCAGAGGGGCGCUCAGCUGCAGAUUCCAUCUCUGAAUCUGUGCCUGUGGGGCCCAAAGUCCGAGAUGGUCCUGGAAAAUAUCAGCUCUUUGCCUUCAUCAGUCACAUGGGUACCUCUACCAUGUGUGGUCACUAUGUCUGCCAUAUCAAGAAAGAGGGCAGGUGGGUUAUCUACAAUGAUCAGAAAGUAUGUGCCUCGGAGAAGCCACCCAAGGACCUGGGCUAUAUUUACUUCUACCAGAGAGUGACCAGCUAAGAGCCUGCACUCUGCCUCACCUCUUCCUGAAAGUGGGGGCCACGCAGUGGUGGCACCACAGACCAACUGGCAUGAGGAGGGGCUGGACAGAGAAAGGAAACCCAGUUCUCCUCCUCGAUUCCCUUCUCUUCCUAUCCCUUAUAGCACGCUUGAGGCAGGCCUUGAGGGACUGGCUGAGUUAAGGGGAGAGCUGGAAUGCAGGGGUCACCCCUCCAGACUGAGGGGGGAGGGGGAGGGGGGAUGGACCUUCCUUCUGUAAUGAGAUCUCCUCAGUUCCCCAUCCUUCUUCCACACCCUUUUCCACUCUGCUUUUGAUUCUCAGUGUAACCUUGCUCAGGCCCUUCAAGGGAGAGAGAGAGAGA